AUGACUGAACAAAAUCACAAUAUUGAAAUAAAUUCCUCCUCUGCUCCAACUGAAGGGAUUUCGUCUGAACUUCUCAUAAAUGUUAUUAGAACAUUAACAUCAACUUCAUCAGAUGAUCAGCGUCAAUUGGAGAGAGAACGUAUUGAACAAGGAUAUCAACAAUCUGAGAAGAAUAUUGACAAACUUCUUAGAGGUUUAUUUAUUUAUUUAAACUUUUAUUUUAAAAUUUUGUUUAGUUAA